AUGGAUGCUCUCGGUGUGGACCGCAAGGACGAGGCUCCCUGGAAAAGGAUGUCUCCGGAGGAGUUGGAGAAACAGUACCUCCCCAGCAGAUGGGUCGUGCGCCUGGGACCAGAGGAAGCCUUGAGGACCUACACACAGAUAGGAAUCGAGGCUACCAGGAGGGCCCGAGCUACCCGGAGGAGCCUGCUACAUGUCCCUUACGGCGAUGGCGAAGGGGAGAAACUGGACAUCUACUUUCCUGAUGAAAUGUCUGAAGGCUUGCCUUUCCUUGUGUUCUUUCAUGGAGGAUACUGGCAGAGCGGAAGUAAAGAUGAAUCUGCCUUCAUGGUCGACCCGCUGACAGCACGAGGAGUGACUGUGGUGAUCGUGGCUUACGACAUUGCCCCCAAAGGCACACUGGAUCAGAUGGUAGACCAGGCAGCCCGGAGCAUCGCAUUUCUCCAGAGGCGGUAUCCGAGCAACAAGGGAAUUUUCCUGUGUGGUCACUCAGCUGGGGCCCACCUGGUCGCCAUGAUGCUCCUGGCCAACUGGACCAAGCACGGAGUCACACCCCAUCUCAAAGGCUUUUUCCUGUUGAGUGGGGUCUAUGACCUGGAGCCGCUCGUGUACACCUCCACGAACGCCCCUCUCCACAUGACCCUGGAGGAUGCUCGGAGAAACAGCCCCCAACUGCUGCUGGAGGUGGCCCUGCCGCAGCCUGUGGAUCCCACCUGCCCCAUGCUGGUGGUGGUGGGCCAGCACGACUCCCCUGAAUUCCACCGACAGUCCAGGGAGUUUUAUCAGACGCUGUGCCAACGAGGAUGGAAAGCCACCUUUGAAGAACUCCAUGAUGUGGACCACUUUGAAAUCAUUGAGAAUCUGACCCAGAAGGAUCACGCACUCACUCAGACUAUCUUGGAAACAAUCUUCCAGUAG